UGGCCUGGGCGCGACGGCGCUGGCGCGCCUGCGCGAGGACGAGGGCUGCCCGGUGCCGCCGGAGCGGCCCCUUCCCCGCCGCGCCUUCGCGCGCCAGCUCUGGCUGCUCUUCGAGUUCCCCGAGAGCUCGCAGGCCGCGCGCGUGCUCGCCGUCGUCUCUGUGCUCGUCAUUCUCGUCUCCAUCGUCGUCUUCUGUCUCGAGACGCUGCCCGAUUUCCGCGACGAGCGCGACAAGCCGGGGCUUGCAGCCGUGGCUGCCCCGGGACCGUUCUCCUCUCGGCUGAACAGCUCCAGUCCUGUGCCCGGACCCCCACCUCGCACACCCUUUGAUGACCCGUUCUUCGUGGUGGAGACGCUGUGCAUCUGCUGGUUCUCCUUCGAGCUGCUGGUGCGCCUGCUGGCCUGCCCGAGCAAGGCGGCCUUCUUCAAGAACGUGAUGAACCUCAUUGAUUUUGUGGCCAUCCUGCCCUACUUUGUGGCACUGGGCACCGAGCUGGCCCGGCAGCGGGGGGUGGGCCAGCCGGCCAUGUCAUUGGCCAUCCUUCGAGUCAUCCGACUGGUUCGUGUCUUCCGCAUCUUCAAGCUGUCUCGGCACUCGAAGGGCUUGCAGAUCUUGGGCCAGACGCUGCGGGCCUCCAUGCGCGAGCUGGGCCUCCUCAUUUUCUUCCUCUUCAUCGGUGUGGUCCUCUUCUCUAGUGCAGUCUACUUUGCUGAGGUCGACCGGGAAGACUCCUAUUUCACCAGCAUCCCUGAGUCUUUCUGGUGGGCAGUGGUCACCAUGACUACAGUGGGCUAUGGAGACAUGGCACCCGUCACUGUGGGUGGCAAGAUAGUGGGCUCUCUGUGCGCCAUCGCUGGCGUGCUGACCAUUUCCCUGCCUGUGCCAGUCAUUGUCUCCAACUUCAGCUACUUUUACCACCGGGAGACAGAGGGCGAAGAGGACGGCAUGUACAGCCAUGUGGACACGCAGCCCUGUGGCCCGCUGGAGGGCAAGGUCAACGGGGGGUUGGUGGAUGGAGAGGUGCCUGAGCUAUCACCUCCACUCUGGCCUCCCCCUGGAAAACACAUGGUCACCGAAGUGUGAGGGACAGCUGAGGCCUGCAGGACCUCACAUUUCCUUGGAGGGAGGGAGGGUAGGGUGGAGAGGAAUGUUGGGGGGAGGGGGUUGGGUUUAGGAAGAACUAGGUUAAGUGGUAAUGAGUUGAGGAACACAGAGUCUUACUGGUUCUUGAGUUGUGGUUUGGUACUCCUGUAGGU